AUGGCAGAUAUAGAUUCGAAAUCAUGUUCUUCCCAUGUAGAGACCACCACUAAGCCACUAAGCCCUGGAGUUAUCCAAUUCGAGGGUCUUUCGGACGAGGAAACUUCCAAGUUGGAAAAAAGAUUGGUGCGCAAGAUCGAUCUUCACCUGAUCCCGGCUCUGUUCUUGCUGUUUAUCUUUAACAUUCUUGACCGAUCAAACAUUGCCAAUGCCCGCUUGGGAGGGUUACAAGAAGACCUGGGCCUUUCUGACAACCAGUACCAGACAGCUGUGGCCUUAAUGUUCGUCGGCUAUCUUCUCGGCCAAGUUCCAAGCAACAUUAUCCUCACCCGUGUCAAGCCGUCGCGCUAUAUCCCUGCCGCCAUAUUUGUUUGGGGUGGGAUCUCCAUCUGCAUGGCAGCAACAAAGAACUAUGCUGGAAUUUUAUGCGUACGAAUCUUUCUAGGCUUUGCUGAAUCACCUUUUUUCCCUGGAGCUUUGUUGUUAAUGAGUUCAUGGUACAAGGCCUCUGAGAUUGCAGUACGUGUUGCCAUUGUGUACUGUGGAAAUACCGUGGCAAAUGGAUUUGGAGGCAUGUUGGCCGCUGGUAUUCUCAGUGGACUGAAUGGCAAAGGUGGUCUCGCCGGGUGGAGGUGGCUCUUCAUUAUCGAAGGCGCUGGCACGAUGGUGGCUGGAAUGCUGGCAGUCGUUUUACUCCCUGACUUUCCUCGUUCCGGCCAGCGAAAGUGGUUAACGGAACAAGAGCAGCGUUUUGCUGAGUGGCGCCUGGCUGUCGCAACAAAUAACGAGGUCGAUGAGAAUGGCUCCAUCAAGCAAGGAUUGAAGGAUGCGGUGACUGAUCCGAAAGUCUGGGCAUUGGUCCUUAUCCAGAUUUGCCAGCUGACAUCCCAAACCUGGACAUAUUUCUUCCCGAGCAUCGUGGAAACCCUCGGUUUCGGGAAGAUCGUUACACUGCUUAUCACAGCGCCAGUGUAUGUCUUUGGCUUUCUCAGUGCUCUUGGAAAUUCCCUUAUUGCCAACCGGACGAAUUGCCGAGCCGUUCUCAUAGUAUGGCCGCUCUGCAUUGAUAUUGUGGGCAACGUGAUGGUCAUCAGCUCCCAAGCCACAGCGGUCCGGUAUAUUGGCAUGUUCCUUAUGUGCAUGGGGUCCUACAGCGCCUUCAACGUGGUCCAAGCCUGGAUCGCCAGUACUAUUCCACGUACCCGAACGAAGAGAGCCAUUGUUUACGCCAUGGUCAAUUUCUUUGGUAACUCGUCCAAUAUCUAUGGGUCGUAUUUCUUCCCAACCAAGGACGCGCCGCAGUAUCGGCCGGGCGGCAUUAUUCUUUCUAGCUUUGCGGCAGGAGGCGUUUGUUUUUCAAUUCUGUUGGCUGUUUACCUCCACUGGCUGAACACUAACGCGCGAAAGGCGGAGGAGGAAGAUGGCCAAAUACGCUACAAAUACAUCUUCUAG